AUUUGUUUUAUUUGCAUUUUUUUCUAGAUUAAAAUGCAACCUGCUUAGUUGAGUAGCUCUAACAAGGUGUAACGUUUUUUCAUCUCUCCCGACGUGAUCGUCCUUAACAACUGCGAGCGCUCAAAUGCCUGUUGCCAGGUUACCAUCCGACACACUGAAAUGUGGCACUGUGUACGCGAGCGGCAUGGAGAAGCACCAUUGACUCGCGCCUGUCUCUAAAUAAUGAAUCAGCGAGGCGUUGUGAGCAGGCGAAGGCGAUGAAUAGGCGAGUGUGAUUAGGACUGAAUCCGCAUCGCUGGGGCUUCUGAGGGGGGGUGAGACCAUGCAGCUCCAACCUCCGACACACUGCAAGUUGUCUGGCUUCAUCCUGAAUGAAAGAUGCACCGCAUCUUCAAAAAUGGAAGUGCACCGUGAGCAGAGUAUCUGUCAGGCCCGGGCCGCUGUCAUGGUGUAUGACGACACCAACAAGAAGUGGGUCCCAGCCGGAGGUUCCACGGGUUUCAGCAGAGUCCACAUUUAUCACCACACGGGGAACAAUGCCUUUCGGGUGGUGGGCCGCAAAAUCCAGGACCACCAAGUGGUGAUAAACUGCGCCAUUCCCAAGGGACUGAAAUAUAACCAGGCGACUUUGACGUUCCAUCAGUGGCGUGACGCACGCCAGGUGUAUGGCCUUAACUUUGGCAGCAAAGAGGAUGCUAACGUGUUUGCCAGUGCCAUGAUGCAUGCUCUGGAGGUGCUCAACUCUCAGGAUGCGGGCCCCACAUUGCCAAGACAGACCCCUCAGGUGCAGAAUGGCCCCUCACCAGAGGAGCUGGAAACGCAGAGACGGCAGCUGCAGGAGCUGCAGCGGCAGAAGGAGCUGGAGCGAGAACGCCUGGAGCGGGAACGCCUGGAGCAGGAACGUCUGGAGCAGGAACGUCUGGCGCGUGAGCGACUAGAACGUGAGAUGCUGGAGCGGGAGCUUCAGGAGCGGGAGCGCCAGGAGCGGGAGCGCAUGGAGAGAGAGAGAGCGGAGCAGGAGCGUCUGGAGAGGAUGGAGCGGGAGCGGCAGGAGCAGCUGGAGAGCGAGCGUGCUGAAAUGGAGCGGCUGGAACGUGAGCGAGCCGACAGGGAGAGGCAGGAGCGUGAGCAGAUGGACAGAGAGGAGUCGGACCGAGGACGGCGCGUUUCUAACACUGCCUUUGAAAGUACCCUCCAUACCCCUCCACCUCCAGACUGCAGCAAGAGCUCUGCCUCUUCUUCACCUGUAUCCCCUUCCACCCCCAACUAUCCUCCUCCUACGUCCUCACCCUGUAGUACCACCCCCACCCCUCCCCUGCGCCACUCUGCUUCUCGUUUUGCCACUUCAAAAGGCUCCGCCUUCCACCCAGUCCUACCUCAUUAUGCCACCAUCCCCCGGCGGCAUCCAACUCAGCCCACACCCACAGCUCUGCCUCCUGCCCCAACUUCCAAAACAGUGAUCUGCCAGUCCACUAAUUUCACCCCAUUGCCGCCAUCGCCUCCAGUCAUGAUCAGCAGCCCCCCUGGCAAAGCCACCGGUCCGCGGCCUGUCAUCGCUGUUCCAGUCUCCAGCCCUCUUUUCUCCUCAUCACCCACAGCGCCCAAUGGGCCUCCAGUCAACACUCAGUAUCAUGCUUCUUCUCCAAUCUUGAGCCAUCCUUCCACCACCCCAACUCCACCCCUUUCGUCACAUUGCUUGCCCCAUUUCACCACCCCCAUUACCCCCUAUGUGUCGUGUUCAUCCACCCAGCCUCCUGUUGUCCCCUCUCCUUCUACAGCCUGCCCUGCCAAUGCUGAUUGCUCUGUAAACUCGGUGCUGGGAGACUCCUCUGCUCCAGAACCGGACUCAUUGCAGGCCGUCCCCACCCUGCCUCCUCCACCCCCUCUCCCACCUGGCUCCACUGUGACCUCAACUUCUGUUGGAGCCCCUUUCCCCCCAGGUCCACCUCCACCUCCUCCCCUCCCAACUACACUUACAUCCACAGGUCCGCCUCCUCCCCCUGGACCACCUCCACCUCCCUCAGGACAGGCUCCACACCCUGCUCCUCCCCCACCUCCAGCACCACCUUUGCCCUCUGGUCUUUUUACUCCUUCACCUACUGGUGAUGACAACAAACCCUUAUCUGGGCUGGCAGCUGCCCUAGCAGGAGCCAAGUUACGGAAAGUGUCCAGGAGUGAAGAGUCCUGUAAUGCAGCAGUUGCAGGUGUGGCGGCCUCCAGUGCUGCCAAGACUGAGGCCACUCGUGGCAACAAUCCUCUGCCUGGAGGAGGAGGAGGCCUCAUGGAGGAGAUGAGUGCCCUUCUGGCCAGAAGAAGAAGAAUUGCGGAGAAAGGAUCAUCACCAGAGCCUGAGCAAAAAACGGAAGAAAUAGAAGCAACCGUUACUCCGAAACUGUCGGCUUGUAACACACCAGACAUGCCCAGAAAACCAUGGGAAAGGACAAACACUAUCAACGGUAGCAAAUCACCAGUUAUUGGAAGGCCAAGGUCUACACCCACUCCUACUGGAUCCCUAAGUGCCAACGGAGUGCCAACAGAAACGCUGGACUACGACAGAUUGAAACAGGACAUUUUGGAUGAAAUGAGAAAGGAACUGUCAAAGCUGAAAGAAGAACUUAUUGAUGCGAUCAGGGAGGAGUUGGGCAAGUCCAACUCUGCAUAGGAGACCAUGACUCCCCAGUUCUUUCCCAACCAUGGUCCAUCACUCAAGGCCAGCUUCAGUUCUGACACUUUCUAAAUAUAAAAAAAGCAGUGGGAAUGGACAUUUUUACAUUUUAAACUGGUGGUGAUAACAGUAACCAUGUUAAUUCUGAAGAAGCGUUUGAUGGCGAUGCCAUUUUAGGGCUACAAGUACCGAGGUGAUAUGCCAUAGGUGUGAUUUCGGGCGGUGUGAUUUUCCCUCCAUGUUCCAGCUAUGGUGCAGGGACGCAGCUUUUUUUUUUUUUUUUUUUUAAAGAAGUGACUGUCAAUAUGCAAAAGAUUACUUAUAGAUUAUAGAAAGAUGAGCAAUCACUAUUGAGGAGGUGAAAAACACAACCUAUUUCUGAACUCUAUACUGUAUUAAUCAUCAAAGAGUGACUGUAUUUUUCAGCAGAUGGAGGUCAAAAGUUGGCACGUUUUCUUAGUAAAGUAAAGGCCAGACCUGUUUGUUCAGAUUAGCAACAGGUAGCGCGUAGCUUAGCCUAGCUUAGCUUUGCACUAUUGAGGAAAGCAUUUAAAGUCAGGCCAAACAAGCAACUGAAGGACUGGGUGUAGUUUCUUGUUGCAGGACUUUGUAAAGCUCGUCUUCCUGAUAUCAUUAUAAUCCAAGUAUGUACUUUCACAACAAAACUAGCUAUUCUUCAGCUCAUUUAAUGACGUCUAUUCUAAUAUAUUCAAUGGCCAUACGAAGUAGCUUAGUCAUGCAAUUUUGGGAUAGUCCACAAUGGUUUCGGGAAUUACCCACAGAUGUACCCAGAGAGUACAUUCAUAGAUGAAUGUUCUAAAGUUUCUCAUACACCACUGUACUACAUUGGUCACCUGUGUCUUGUAUGUGAGGGAUAAUGGUUCGGAAUGAUCGGGUGAAAUAAUGCCUCUCUACUGUAAAUCAUUGUAGCUUUUUACCAAAUCCUCUCAGUCAAAGUGAUGGGUGUAUGCCAAUAUCAACAAGACGGCAUCUGUAGAUAGUGCUAAGAACAGCUAGCAACUUUUUUUUUUCUCCUUUCUUCUUUUUCCUGGUCCACUGCAGGCUCUUCUCUUUUUUCGUUUGAUUUUAGUGCAUGUCUUGUUCUGAAUGCUAUGGGAAAUCUUGCUGCCACGAAACAGAAAUCGUUUAUUGUUUUCAAUUUAUAAGCAAUAAGUGUAGCACUGACACUCCUCUCCUCCCCAUGUCCUUCUUUACAGUCAUCAUUUAUUACCCCAGUUGUGAAUGAGUGAGGGAGAGUUUUUAAUCUGCACACAUGGUUUUUGUCUAAUAAACUGUAAACAUGGACAACCUGUUUAUAGCUAUAAUUCAUUUACGCAGGUAAACGUCUCUCCUCAGACUCCCUGGAACUGUCUUUAUUUUUUUAAGUUCUGGUCCUGUGGGGCUUUACUGCCUAGUGUGGAUUUGGUAUUUGAAGUAUAAAAGCUCCAUGUACAAACAGAGGUGGGAAAUGAAUUGACAGCAUAAGACCAGUGUGACGAGACUGAUCACAAUUUUAUUUUUAUUUUUAGCUUGUAAAUGUACUAUUUUUUUCCCCAUCACUGUAGCAUUUUGUCACCAUUAUUGCGGUUAUUUGUCCCUCUUAAAUCAGUCCCCUGAACAAAACAUCACUUUACCCUCCAUUACUGAUCAUUAAACAUAAUUUAUCAAAGAAGAAGAAAGUUUGUAUAGAGACAGCAUUGAUUGCACUUUAAUAACCUGUAAGAUCAAAUCAUGCUACAGCUGAUGAUGUCAUCACCUGUGUGUGUGUGUGUGUGUGUGUGUGUGUGUGUGUGUGUGUGUGUGUGUGUGAGAGUGUGUGAGAGAGAGAGAGAGAGAGACAGUCACACCAAAGUUCACCAGUAACAAUCUCCAGAACACCACAUUGUCCUGAGCUGCCUUUUGUUUUAUGGAAGGCUGUGGACGAGGAAAGUUGCAAUCGAGAUUGAUUUCAUAAAUGGAUUAACCUGUUCGUGAUCUUCAUGGUUUGUGCCUUGUUCUGGAAUCGCAUUUAAUAUUUCGAAUAUUUUUUAAAAAUGACUAGUAAUAAUGAUACGACUAAUCAUAACCUCAUUCAUGUUUUACAUCCUGCUUUAGUAGAAGUACAAAAGGGAGACUUUUAAGUUCUUUUAAAAGAAAAUGUGCAUUUAUUCUUCAUGCCAUUUUUAUUGUUACAGUAUGGAUUGUGUAACGUGUUUAUGUUCUAUGAGGUUUGGAAAUGUAAAGUUUGCUGCAGUGGGGGUCGUUUGAAUGAUGAUCUUGAUGAAGGUGAUGAAUUGUUGACUGCAUUGGCCUCAAAAAGCUGACUUCUCCAUCUUCAGGAGUGGCUGAGACCAAGUCGACUUUUCAGAAGUCUGUUGGACAUGAUCCAACUGAAUGUCCACAAAAUGCAUUUUAUUGGUCUUUUUUCUAUAUUAUCAUUCACGUUGUACCAAACUGUUCUCAUAUUAAUUAGACAUUUCUUACAUGCUAACAUUGAUUUGUUGUUUAAGCUAAUGAAAUAAAAAUUGCAAUACA